GGGCGGGAGCGGGAGCGGGGCCGAACGUGCCCGGCCAUGGAGCUGCUGCCCCGCAGCCCCGCGGAGUUCGGCUCCGCACGGUACUGGGACCGCUUCUUCCGGCAGCGCGGGCAGCGCGCCUUCGAGUGGUACGGGGCCUUCCCGGAGCUGUGCCCUGUCCUGCACAAGUAUGUGCGGCCCCGCGACAAGGUUCUCGUGGUGGGCUGUGGGAACUCGGAGCUGAGCGAGCAGAUGUACGACGUGGGAAUGUGCGAGGACAUCGUGAACAUCGACAUCAGCGACGCCGUGAUCCGCCAGAUGCAGGAGCGGAGCGGGAGCAGGAGGCCAAAGAUGAGCUACCUGCUCAUGGACAUGCUUCAGAUGGACUUCCCUGACGCCCACUUCCAGGUGGUCCUGGACAAAGGCACGCUGGAUGCCCUCCUUACUGAUGAAGAGGAGGCCACUCUGGCCAAGGUGGACCAGAUGUUUGCCGAGAUCAGCCGGGUCCUGCAGGUGGGAGGGCGCUACCUCUGCGUGUCCUUGGCUCAAGCCCAUGUGCUGAAGAAAGCAGUGGAAUACUUCUCCCGGGAAGGCUGGGUCGUGCGUGUCCAUCAGGUGGCCGGCAGCGGGGACAACCAGCAGUUUGUCCUACCGGUCUUUGUCUAUGUCAUGACAAAAUUCAGGAAGAUCCCUGGCUCGGCACCACAGAUCCUGGAGAUCUGCCCCGAGGAGCAGGACAAGCCGAUGCGGGUGGAGAGCGUGGAGCGGCUGGUGGCAGCGGUGAAGGACAGGCAGCAUUAUGCCCUGCUCUGCAGCCAGCUGAGCAAAACCCCCUGCAGGGAACAGGUUUCCCUGGAUCUGUGUGACAAGGAGAACGGGAAGCCUCGCUACACACUGCAUGUGGUUGACAGCCCCUCGGUGAAACCUUCCCGGGAAAAUCGCUUUGCCAUCUUCAUCAUUCCACAGGGCAGAGAAACCGAGUGGCUCUUUGGCACGGAGGAGGGACGGAGGCAGCUGGCCACCAGUGCGGGCUUUGGGCGCCUGGUCACCGUGGCCCUUCACAGGGAGCAGCACUACGAGGGCAUGGCUGGCAUCCAGGCAGAGCUGUCAGGGAAGGUGAUGGAGCUGGCCCCGCCAGGCCUCCCUGCCCGGCAGCAGGUGCCCUUCCUGUCCGUGGGAGGGGACAUUGGGGUGCGGGCGGUGCGGCACCAGGACACCAGCCCCCUGAGCGGGGAGUACGUGGUGGAGGACGUGAAGGGAGACGGCACCUGCUACUUCCGCCGCCUCAUCUUCCUCCGCAACAGGAACGUGGUGCAGUCAGAGGCCCGGCUCCUGGCUCCCACACCUCUCCAAGGCCAGAAGAAACGGAGGAAAGACAAGAAGAAACCCAGCCCUGCUGAGCCACCUGCAGCCAUCGACAAGAGCUACCUGUGCUGUGAGCACCACAAGGCCAUGGUCGCAGGGCUCUGCCUGCUGGGGGGCCCCGACCCCCUCCCAGGAGCCUCUCUGGCAGUGCUGGUGGUGGGGCUUGGCGGUGGCAGCCUGCCCCUCUUCAUCCAUGACUACUUCUCACAGGCCCAUGUGGCCGUGGUGGAGAUUGACCCCUCCAUGCUGGAGGUGGCGACGCGCUGGUUUGGCUUCUCCCAGGGUGACCGGAUGCAAGUGCACGUCUCCGAUGGCCUGGACUACGUGGCCAAGCUGGCAGCUGAAGCCCCAGCCCAGUAUGAUGCCAUCAUGUUCGACGUGGACAGCAAAGACCUCACGGUGGGGAUGAGCUGCCCACCCCCAGCCUUUGUGGAAAAGCCCUUCCUGCAGAAAGUUAAAACUAUCCUCAAGCCAGAAGGAAUCUUUGUGCUCAACCUGGUGUGCCGUGAUGCCCGGCUGAAGGAGUCUGUCCUGGCCACCCUCAGGGAUGUCUUCCCGCUGCUCUACACGCGUCGCAUCGAAGGGGAGGUCAACGAGAUCCUGUUCUGCCAGCCCAGCCCCGAGGGCCGGCGGGACCCUGCGGAGCUGGGGGCGCGUGCCAGGGCGCUGGAGGGGGCCCUGCGGGAGCCGGGGCGCCCCUGGGACAGCUCGUACGUGCUGGCAGACAUGCUGCAGGCUGUCAAGAUCCUCUGAGAGGGGCUCCUCAGGACGGGCUGAGACGCUGCUCAAGAGAGUGCUCCUCAUGUGGGUGCCUUGGCCCCACAGCAGAGGGGUGCCCGUGGCUGGGACUGCCACCCCUGGGGGACAUGUGCUGGCCUGGGUCUGCCUGAGGGAUGAACUGGCAUGGGAAGGUGCUUCCUGCAGCGUGACUCCCCAGGAAGGGGUCUGGGACUGAGGAGGGCUGUGCAGCCCAAGGGACAGCGUUGAGCUGGUGAGGGGAGGAAGGUGCUGUGGGACUGGCAGGACUGUGGGUUUGGGUCUGUCCCUGUUGUUUCCCCACUGUGGGGAAAACAUCCCUCCAACCACCCCUUUCCCCUCCAGCACAGUGCCUUCUCUCUGAUGCUGCCUUUCUCUGCCUCUCCAGUGUCCCUGGUGUCUCUGCAGAGCCCCAGCACUGCCCCAAGCCUGGUUGUGGAUAUGUGUGGGUGGGCUGUGAGAAUAAAGUGCUCAGGGCUGCUCUGAGGCCUGCAGUGCUUUGCUAGGGCUAAUUUCUGAAGCACCCACACCCUGGAAAAGGUACAGUCACCUCUGCACCUCAAGCACAUGUCCUGGGGACAGGCAGCUGCCCCUUAAGCACCGCUGCCCCCUCACCACUUGCCCUCUCCAAACUGGACCCCACUGUGUUUUCACUCUUCUGCAUCUCUCCAGCUAUCACCACUGAACUGAGACCUGUAACACCCUGAGACCCCAAACCUUCUCUCCCCUGGGCUAGCAGGGACCCAGCCCUGGGCUUGGGCCCCUAGCCACUCCAAACUGCUCACCCAGCUGGUGCAGGUCAGCCUUCCUGCAGGAUGAAAAGGCAGCAGGCAAAGUGAGAGGGUGCACGAGCCUGAGAGUUUGCAGUUCACCAGCUCCAUGGGGCCAUGGAAAGCACAUCCCAAGGGCUCCCACCCCGGUGAGGACCCUAAACUGAUGGGGACCCUAAACCAGUGGGGACCAUGGCCACUCCACUGGUGCAGGAGAUGGGGCUGUUAGUGCCCAGGAGACCCUCUGUCAACCAUGCUGACAGUGAGCAUGUCCCUCUGACCGGCCCCUCUGUGCCUGUAUUUUAAUUUUAAUUUUCCAGCAGGUUCUACUUCGGGAACCACUCUUCAGAUCCCUUCUCUCAUGCCACCUGCUUUACUCCCCUUCACACAGAGGGACAAAUCUCUGCCCUACUUUCUUCCUGGGCUGGCCUGCUUCUAUGCAGAGGGAGCAGAUGCUUUUUUUAAUAAGUGCUUUUGAUGGUUCCCAGGCACGGGAGAGCAGGGCUGGCCUGCUCCCUGCCUCAGAUAAAGGCUACCACUGUGGGUAGGUGCCCUCUGUUGCUCAGCACCCUGUCACUCCUGUAGUGUGUUUUCCCCCUCCUGUAGCGUGUUUGAGGCAGCACAUGGGCAAUGGGAGGGACAAGGCUGGAGCUCGAGCUGGGUGGAAGUCUGCCUGCCCCCACACAGUUAGUUUCUAAAGCUUCUCUGUGAUGAGCACUGAUUUGAAAGAUAUCUAUUAUCCACCCAGCUUAGCAAUGGCAAAUUUCUCAACUGGAUCAGCAGUGCUGCAUUUAGGCUAUUUUUAACUUAGUAUGCAAUUCUCAACAUAAUUCCAACGACAUAGGUUUGUGUGUAUGCCCUUUAUUUUACCAAAACCAUCUCCUUUCUUCCCCAGGAGCUCAUACAAAGGCUGCCUUCAUCCCUCCCUUGUCCAGUCCUGCCUUUCUGUUGUGCUUCCCAAAUGCUGCGUAACGCCACAUCCUGGUGGAGAAACAAAAGCCAUCUAUUAGAAACAAUGUAAGGAUGAAAUCUCAGUUCGUUGCAGCUGUCCUUGCGGCUACAAGUUUGGUCUGGAAAUAAAUUUCAGCUGGAAAACUGGCAAAUUCGUGAGUGCUGCAAAUACACAAAAUCUUCCUCUGUAGGUAAAAUGCUCCAAGGCUGAAAAAUUGACACGUUGUAAAUAUUUCUCUGCUGGCAGCCAAAACGUGCAACUAAUGUAUAUGUUUGGCAACUGUGUAUUCUGUUGAGUGUUUUGGCAAUAUACUCAUGUUUACA